AUGUCACCACGAAUUCCUUUGGUUUCUAUACCAGCAAGUGGAUAUGGCUUUAACACAGAGCCUGUAGGUGUCUUAACUCUUGUUCCUGGUUUGCUACAGUUCACUGACAUUUUGAGAAUGGUUGGCUACGGUAAAAAGUUGAGAGAAUUACAGAUUCAAGAAUGGAAAGGAUAUUAUAUCAACUACAAGUUAAUGAAGAAGAAAGUCAAGAGAUAUGUAGAACAAUUGGAGAUUGGAGCUCAAAAUCGCCAUAAUGUUCUGAGAGACUUUUCAAUGCUACUAGACAAUCAGAUUGAAAAUUUUGUUUUGUUUCUGCUUGAACAACAAGGAGUACUUGCACAUAGGCUGUCAGAUAUUGGACAAGAGCACCAUAAUCUUUUCCAGCAGCCAAAUAGUAUAAACAUCUUUGAACUCCAAGAAGCAUAUAGAGAUGUUGGACGAGAUCUUUUAAGGCUUCUUACUUUUGUGGAAAUGAAUGCUAUUGGUUUGAGAAAGAUCUUGAAGAAGUUUGAUAAACGGUUUGGCUAUAAAUUCGCAGACUAUUACGUCAAGACACGAGCAAAUCAUCCUUAUUCCCAAUUAAGGCAGGUUUUCAGGCAUGUGGGCAUUGGGGCAGUUGUUGGAGUCUUAUCUCAUGGACUGGCAGACCUUCAAGAUUUACAACAUUGUCAAGGAAACUACACUUCUAUAUAUGACCAGCCUUCUUAUACUCAUCAGGAUCCUGUUCUCAAUUCUAUCAAAGAAGCUGUAGACAGAUUAUCAAACUCAACAAACUUUCUUCAGUUUUUGGGAAGACAUGCUUUUAUCGUGCAAGAGGAGCUACCAUCUCCAUCUGAAGAUCAUAUUGUUGAUGAAAAAUAUCAUUUUAUGUCACUUAUUUUGAACUUGGCAAACACAUUUUUGUACAUGGUGAACACUUACAUUAUUGUACCUACGGCAGACAACUAUACUUUGAACCUUGGAGCUGCAGCAAGUGUGUGUGGUGUGGUCAUUGGUACGAUGGCUGUUGCACAGAUGUUUUCUUCGGUUUAUUUCAGUGCAUGGUCAAACCGAUCAUAUCUAAGACCACUCGUAUUCAGUAGCAUUGUUCUUCUAAUUGGAAACACCUUGUAUGCGUUGGCUUUUGAUAUGAAUUCAAUAGUAGUUCUACUAAUGGGACGUCUUUUUUGUGGGUUAGGUUCUGCAAGGGCUGUUAAUAGGCGUUAUAUCAGUGACUGUGUACCAUUGAAACUUCGGAUGCAGGCUUCAGCAGGUUUUGUUAGUGCAAGUGCUCUGGGAAUGGCUUGUGGUCCAGCUAUUGCUUGUUUGUUACAGACAGAUUUUAGAAUUUACAGGUUCACCAUGAACCAAGACACUCUGCCUGGCUGGGUAAUGUCUCUUGCAUGGCUUUUCUAUCUACUGUGGUUGUGGAUGUGUUUCAAGGAACCCGCCCAUGAGAAUGAAGGAAAUCUUGUGCUGUAUGAAGCAGAUACAGGGCCAGCAGUGUAUGUUGCAGUAGAGAAUGAGCGCAGACAACCAUUACUAAUGAAUUCAGAAGAAAAAGAGCAGGAUGAAGAAGGAGAAGAAGAAAAUGACAAUGCUGAAGAAACUAAGAAACCGGUGACUUCUGUUGUGGUGGCAUACAAGUUACUUACACCAUCAGUAAAGGUUCAAUUAUUUGUGUAUUUUAUGCUUAAGUAUGCAAUGGAGAUCGUACUUGCUGAAUCAAGCCUUAUCACGGAAUACUAUUUUAUUUGGUCAACCAGCAACGUAUCCAUUUUUCUUGCAUUCCUUGGUCUCACAGUGCUUCCAGUAAAUAUUGUUGUUGGAAACUACAUCAGCAAUAUGUUUGAAGAAAGGCAAGUUCUACUGACAUCAGAAAUCAUGGUUUGCAUUGGACUACUCCUAAGCUUCCAUAUAAUGAUUCCUUAUUCAGUGACUCAAUAUGUUGGAUCAGCCCUUAUCACAUUUGUGUCUGCUGAAGUUCUUGAAGGAGUGAACCUUUCACUUCUAUCAAAAAUGAUGUCUUCAAGGCUUUCACGGGGAACCUUCAAUGGGGGAUUGCUAUCAACAGAAGCUGGAACUCUAGCUCGAGUAAUUGCAGAUGGAACAAUAACAAUCUCUGGGUAUUUCAGUGAAAGUAAACUCCUCAAUACCACCUUACUCCCUGCACUCCUCAUCUGCAUCUCAUCCAUUAUUGCUACCUGCUACAGCUACAAUUCUCUUUAUUAG